AUGUCAUCUUCGUUUUCCUCCGGUGUUGACUCGGACGCCUCAGGCCCAGCUGGAGGAACACAUUCUAUUAUCUAUAAAAAUAAGCCAAAACACGGUUAUCUAGACAACCCCGCACUUACAGAAUUAGAUUUUUCCGAAGGGAACGAAGAAGGAAAGCUCUCGCGGAGACCUAACGGAGCCCCAGCCUCCGCGAGCCCGAGCUCGCGUCCGUGGACCGCAGGGGCCCCUCCGCAUCCCUUCUCCCAGAGGAGCAGGGAGCACGCUCCCCCAAGAGGCAGUCGGCCUCGGAACCCACGCCGCGCCCGCGCCAAACAGCGGUCUCCGAGCCGGGCGGCCACUGUUGCUGCGUGGCCCUCUCCCCCAGGCCCACUAGGUUCCCAGGCCCGAGACUCUAGGCCCCAAACGCUAAGCCCCCAGACCCCCAGGCCCCUAGUCCGCCAGGUCCCAGACUCUAAGCCCCCCAGCCCAGGCCCCCCGAGGCCCCCAGGCCUCCUAGACCCCAGACCCCCUAAGCCCCCCAGACCCCAGGUCCGGCCCAGCAGCCCCCGGACUCUGCACAAGGCCGGGCCCAGCCCGCUACUCACCUCCGACGCUGGGUCUCCCAUCUCCCCGCUGCCGCCGUCGCCGCCACCGGCGGCAGUAAGGGCUGCAAACCGCUUCCCGUGA